AUGAGAAACGCGGCGAAGGAUGCGACCGUCGCGUAUCAGUCGAACCGCGAACAGCAGCAGCCCACAUCGCAGCAGGCCACAUUCACCGACAGGGCCAACUAUGGUGGUGUGAUUGAGUCGCUAAAUUUGCGUGGCGAAAAGGGUGGCUCAACGGUAACGGCCCCACGGAGACAGCGGCCUCCCACCGGUGGGCCGAAAGGUCCCAGCCCAGGGACACGGGUUUCAUCGUCCAGUGAUGGCACCGACACGUCCGGAAGCAGCUGUAGCGAGGGCGAUACGACUUCGUCCUCGUAUGAUGAACCGAAUCUGCCCUAUCCGGGCUUCACCGAGUUCUCGCUGAAGUACCUCACACAGGAGUCGAAACCGCGCAUCUGGUGCCUGCAGCUCAUCACUAAUCCGUGGUUCGAGCGUAUUUCGAUGAUUGUCAUUCUGCUGAACUGCGUGACGCUUGGCAUGUACCAACCGUGCGUGGACGAUGCCUGCGUCACGAACCGAUGCAAGAUCCUGCAGAUCUUCGACGACAUCAUCUUCGCCUUCUUUUCGCUCGAGAUGACGAUCAAGAUCGUGGCGAUGGGCGCGUGGGGCAAGGGCACAUACCUGGCCGACUCGUGGAAUCGGCUCGACUUCUUCAUCGUCCUGGCCGGUGCGCUCGAGUACUGUCUGCAGGUGGAAAACCUCAACCUAACCGCCAUCCGGACGAUACGCGUUCUGCGGCCACUUCGCGCCAUCAACCGCAUACCGAGCAUGCGAAUCCUGGUGAUGCUCCUGCUGGACACGCUGCCCAUGCUCGGUAACGUCCUGCUGCUGUGCUUUUUCGUGUUCUUCAUCUUCGGCAUCGUUGGGGUGCAGCUGUGGGAGGGUAUCCUGCGGCAGCGGUGUGUCAUCAAGCUGCCGGAUAAUGUGUCCCCGCCGGCGUACCUCACGUCGUCCCCGCGUAACAUUUACUACCGAAUCGUUAACCAGAAAAAGAUAAAAACAGAUGUCUCAUUUUACUACGAGUUCUCGAAGGAGCAGGACUACAUCUGCUCCAAGCCGGACGACUCCGGGAUGCACCUGUGCCAGAAUUUGCCCCCGUACCGGAUCGGACCGCUCGUAUGCAAUGACAGCGCACUGCCAUACUCGGAAAACGUGCCCACGACGAAGGCUUGCGUGAACUGGAACCAGUACUACACGAACUGCACGCAGCUGGGCAACAACCCGUUCCAGGGGACGAUAUCCUUCGACAAUAUUGGGCUUGCUUGGGUCGCGAUAUUUCUCGUCAUCUCGCUGGAAGGCUGGACCGACAUCAUGUACUACGUGCAGGAUGCGCACAGCUUUUGGGAUUGGAUAUAUUUUGUGCUUCUGAUAGUGAUCGGUUCAUUCUUCAUGAUCAACCUCUGCCUGGUCGUCAUCGCGACGCAAUUUUCCGAAACGAAAAAACGCGAAAUGGAACGGAUGCGGCAGGAACGGGCCCGAUUCACGUCCUCAUCAACGCUGGCCUCCAGCACCAACAACUCCGAACCGACGACGUGCUACGCCGAGAUCGUGAAGUACAUCGGACACCUGUAUCGCCGCCUCAAGCGCCGCAUCAUUAAGAAGUUACGAUUGUAUAAGUACCACAUGCAACGGCGCAAGGAGGGCCUAAUACCGUGCACCCCGGAAACGAUAACGCUGUCACCGAACAAAAUCAAAGCGCACCACCCCAAGUGCCCGAGGAUGAGUGCCCUAUUAGCGCACGCCUCGAUCACCAACCUGCAGCCCACCUGCAAGACCAAACACGACCAUCUGCAAUCGAACCUGUCGAUCAACCGGACCGGGACGACAGGACAUGCGCAUCCCGACGCAGGCAACCAAGCAGGAACCGACAACCAGCCAUCGUCGCCGGAAGUCUCCGAGAUCGUGUCCCUGGAGAACAUCAAGAACAACGCGCUCAACAACUCCACCAGCUACCUGAACGAGGACCGGCAGAAGGUGCUGCUGCUGAAGAUCAACAACGAGGAUCAAUCGAACGGACAAGAUCACCACUGUAUGCCAAGUUUGCUAAGCCCCCCGUCAGCAGGUAGACGCAGAUCAUCGGUUAUGUUUAACGAAUAUGUCGUGCUUCAUACGCCUCCAACCAUUACAGAACCACCGCAAGAUAAGAAUGUGUACUGUGUGGAGAAAAUGACCCAAGCGGGUGACGGGAGUAUCUGGCAGGUCAAUCUGCCCCACUCGCUGCAGACGGUGAGCACGGUGUUCAACGAGUACUCCGAUCUGUGCCUGACAGACGCCAUGACGUGUCAGGAGUUGCUCGCAUUCUCGGUAGCAUUCUCGGCCGCUCUACCGACGGGUCAGACGACGCUGGAGUCGUUCUACACGUCGCUGAAGCGUGCCAAGGGUCCAGAAACGGCACGCCUUCAGCAGCAACAGCAGCAGUUGGCGGUUCCAACCAACGCAAACCCGGCCCUGACGGAAGUCGAACGGCUGAGCAGUAAGUCCAGCAAUGACCCGUCCCGGGCCGGGUUCGAAUCACUGACGACGGGGGCCAUCAACAACAUCAGCGUGGAGGAGUUCGCCUGCUGCUACGAGUACUACCAAAAUCAGGGUCUUGCCGAGGAGAAACCACCGAAGCGAUCGAGGUGCGUGCGUGUUCUUGCGACCGUUUGGCGCUGCUUCCGGCGUAGCUGCCAUCUGGCGCGGUUCGUCGUGAAGAAGCUGGUCGAUCACAAGUACUUCCAGCAGGGUAUCCUGCUCGCGAUCCUCAUCAACACGCUCUCGAUGGGUAUCGAGUACCACGAUCAACCGGCCGAGCUGACGGCGAUCGUUGAGACGAGCAACAUCGUCUUCUCGGGCAUCUUUGCCGUGGAGAUGGUGCUGAAGGUGAUCGCCGAAGGUCCGUUCCGGUACGUCGCGAACGGGUUUAACGUCUUCGAUGGAGUGAUCGUCAUACUCAGCGUGGUGGAGUUGGCCCAGGCCUAUCUCGGUGAGGGCCAGGGCAGUUCGGGCCUGAGCGUGCUGCGAACGUUCCGAUUGCUGCGCAUCCUGAAGCUCGUCCGCUUUAUGCCUAACCUGCGCCGGCAGCUGUUUGUCAUGCUGCGCACGAUGGACAACGUGGCCAUCUUCUUCAGCCUGCUGAUACUGUUCAUUUUCAUAUUCAGCAUUCUUGGCAUGUACCUUUUUGGAGGUAAGUUCUGUAAGUUUGUCGAAGAAAGCGGGAAAGAGAGGGAAUGUACUUGUCCAGAAAUUGUCUCCAAGCAUCCGCAAUGUGAAUGCGACAGAAAACAUUUCAACAAUAUCCUCUGGGCCACUGUAACCGUCUUUCAAAUACUCACGCAAGAGGAUUGGAACGUGGUGUUGUUCAAUGGUAUGGAAAAGACAAGCCAUUGGGCAGCGCUCUACUUUGUCACGCUCAUGACCUUCGGCAACUACGUCCUGUUCAAUCUGUUAGUUGCCAUCCUGGUGGAAGGCUUCAGCUCGGAGCGUAACGAACGCAGAGAACGCGAACAGAGAGAACUGGUAAAGGCCAAGCUUAACGCCGAAGCGCUAGCUCAAGAGCAAAGCAUGGAGGUGUACGACGAUCAGCGCAGCUUUUCGGAAUCAUCGACCACGGACAGCUACAACGGAUCCCGUGGCAAGUGGUACAGUGUUGAGGAGCUUAGCAAGGUUCGCAACCUCGACAUAAAGUGCAACAUACAGAAGCAACGGUUGCUUCAGCCCACCUACGAGGAUCCCAAAAACGUGGCGCAGAAGAACAAACGAGAGAAGGACGUCUCGAAAGCGGAACCUCAUGCCAACAAAAAGAUCAGAGGAAAAAAAACCGAAUCCCUGAAGCUGUACAACAUCCAGGUUCAGGAUCCUCCGAUCAUUACGACUACCGCGGCAACACCCCAGGACUCACCGAGCGGCACCAUGGAAUCCGGUGCAAGCUUCAAGGACUGGGAUCAAGCGGACUUCGAGAAGUAUGAGCGUGAAAAUUCCUCCCUGUUAAAGCCACCCUCCAUUCUCGGUUCGUUGAAAACGCUGGACGAUCGGUCGUUCUUCGAGGGAACGCCUGUGCUGAACGAGAUGCGCAAGAAGCACGACAAAAACCACACAACCGCCUCGGACAGCAAGUUGGUGAUGGCUGAAAAGCAGCAGCGAAAGCUCGACAAAUCGCUAUCAGAGUCGGCCAGCGCACCGAAAGCCAUCGGAAAGGACGACGGGCCAACCGGUGGGCUGCAUCGGCAAGCUUCCACUGAAGAGGGCAUGUUGAAUAAUGGGAAGAUCUUAUCCCAGCCGAAAGGAUACAACAUUACCGAACGGCGCACGCUCGAUCCACUGUUGGAGAAGAGCAAUCGCAUCCAAAACGACACACAGGGUUCCAGAACGCCGAGCCGCAGGCGCAGCUCGGUCAGACGUUCGUCCUCGGUGAAGGUUGACAGUGGCGCUAGUAGCAUCGCUAGCAACCUCAGCACAACAUCGCACCCGCGGUGUUACUAUAACAACGGCAGCACCAAGUACUACUUUGAUCGGAAAAACUCGCUCCGGUUGUGUGACAUUCGAACGCCGAACAAUCGACGGCGCAUGUCAUCGUUCGAGCAGGCCUACCACAAGCAGUCACCGAUGAGCAGCAUAAGAAACCUCGAAAUCAAACACCUGCAGGACGAGAUGGACAAGGGCAAGCUGGACAAGUCCUCGAAUGCGUUCAAGAUUGCAGGCAACAGCACCGAUCUGCCCGAUAAGGCGACCAGAAGUGACGGCACACCGAAGAAGAAGGGAAAGGGAAGAUUGAAGCAGUUCUUCCGCAUGGUAACACCGUACCACUUCGUGGAGGACCAUGAAGCUUACACGUUGUACAUUUUUCCUGAGCAUAACAAAUUCCGGCAGAUUUGUACCUGGUUCGUUAAUCAAAAGUGGUUCGAUAAUGUGAUCCUGCUGUUCAUCGCGCUUAACUGCAUCACGCUGGCCAUGGAACGGCCUAACAUUCCGCCGAAUUGUACCGAACGAUACUUCCUCGCCACUGCAAACUACAUCUUCACCGUCGUUUUUGCGGUGGAAAUGUU